AUGAAACCCCGACUCACGACUCCAUUACUCCGGACUUUUGACCGACUAUACAUCUGCACCAAUUGCCUCACCCGCUCCCUCCGCAGCUCUCUCGCCACCACUUCUUCUCGACCCUACUUCUCAAGCCAAAACCCUCCUCCACCCCCAAGCGCAGCAUACGCACAACUGUCCUCCCGCCGCCUGAUCUCCCUCUCCGGCCCAGACUCAACACACUACCUACAAGGCGUCAUAACCGCCAAUCUCUUCCCUUCCACCCCCCGCAGAUCCGGGUUCUACACUGCGUUCCUGAAUGCGCAGGGACGCUUGCUGAAUGAUGUUUUUAUUUAUCCUGAUUUGAGGGAGGGAAAGGGGGAAGGGAGCUGGUUGAUUGAAGUUGAUGGGAAGGAGGUUGAGAGGCUGGCGAAGCAUAUUAAACGCUACAAGCUCCGGGCGAAGUUUGAGGUCAAGGUUCUUGACGUGGGAGAGAGGAAGGUUUGGAGUGUUUGGGAGGAAGGGACGGGAGAGUGGACUGCGCAUUCGCUGGGAGAGGUGGGAGGUGAGGACACAAGAGCGCCGGGAAUGGGGAGACGGUUGAUCUUACCUGGGGACCAGAAGCCGGAGGUUGAGAUGGAGGAGACGGACGAGGAGAGUUAUAGGAUUAGGAGGUACCUGAAGGGUGUCCCGGAGGGUCAGGAUGAGUUGGUCAGGGAGAGUGCGUUGCCGCAGGAGAGCAAUAUUGAUUUUAUGGGAGGGAUUGACUACAGGAAAGGGUGCUAUGUUGGACAGGAGUUGACGAUUAGGACGCAUCAUACGGGCGUGGUGAGGAAGAGGGUACUGCCGGUUAUGCUUUAUGGGAUUGGUGAGAGCUUGCCAGAAAUCUUGGAGUAUCUGCCAGAGAAACAGUUGGGUGUCGAGAAAAUUCCUAGGGAGACGAGUAUUGGAAGGGUCAAGAAGAGGGGACGCAGCGCCGGCAAAUGGUUGGGUGGUGUUGGUAACAUUGGGUUGGGUCUUUGUCGACUAGAGAUUAUGACUGAUGUUCAGGUAUCAGGAGAAGGUGGAGGCUACAAGGAAAGCGAUGAGUUCAAGCUGGAAUUGGAUGGUGAGGAUGGCCAGGAGAUAGUAAAAGUUAAGGCAUUCGUGCCUCCAUGGCAUCUCACAAAGCAGUAG